AGAUAAGGCCAUAUCACCCAACUAAAAAGACCAACCACUAACUAGGUAAACCAAAGGCCCAUAAUAUUCACUAAAUCCUUCAUGCAAAAUACUCCAAACACAUCUACAUGAAAAUGGGUCAAAAUUCAUUGCUAAAAUCUCCCAAGAAAGAAGAACACUUGGUUCCAGAUUCCGAAGUAGACGAUUUCUUCGAAAGCAAUUUAUCUAGCUUAUCCGAUUUCAAGAGCAUUUGGGGGAUCAAAGAUGAAGGAUGUCUAGGAGAAGGUGUUAUGAGUAGUAAUACUACAUAUGAUGAGAUUAGUCGGGAUCAUUUAAUAGAAUGGGACGAUUGCUUCUCAAUGAAUGAUGAAGAUCAAAAUUCGGGUGUUCUAAACGAAGACAACUUGGAACGCCGAGAGGAAAAUAAUAUAGCAAAUAUGAUUGGAAAUAUCAAAGACGAAUUGUGUGGAGUUUGGCAAGAAGCAGGAGAUGAAGAUCAAGAAGAUGAUAAUGAGAAUAAAACUUGUUUGAAUUUGAACUUGAAUUAUCAAGAAGUUAUGGAUGCAUGGUCCGAUCGUGGUCCUUGUUGGACAAAUGAUUUAGCUCAUUCGACUCCCAACAAUGGCUAUAUGGGAGAAGUGCCGGUGAUGAAAGAAUCCAGUGCUAGACGCGAAGCAAGUGUUCUCCGCUACAAAAAGAAACGCAAAAACCGAUUGUUUACGCGGAAAAUAAGAUAUCAAGUUCGAAAGCUUAAUGCAGACAUAAGACCAAGAUACAAGCUUAUUGUGGUAUCUUACUAUCUUUUACAGGGAAGAUUUGUGAGGAGGGAAUCAUGAGAAGAUACUAAUUAAAAAGGUCAUGCUGGAAAAUAUCUACACAAAAAUAUCUUGUUAUGGAAUGGUUGAUAUUUUUCACAUCAUAUCGACAUGCUUUGUGUAUUGUCUUUUUCAAAGUGCAGUAAUGGAAAUAUCUCUCUUAAUGUAGUGUAUAUAUAUUUGAAAAAAGAACAAGAAAAAAGUAUAUUUCUUUGUGUAUAUAUAUUAUUAUGAAGAAUUGAUCCGUUUUGCA